GAUUCAGUUCCCAGCCUUCACCCGAAAGAUCCGUUCGUGAAGAGUCGAUCAUCCCCAGUACCAGUACGAUGGAGUCCGGGGGAUUAACAACAUGACAUAAAGAGGGAAGCGGAACGGGGUUUAUACUGUACAAACACGGUUCUUUUUACUGAGUUAAUCGUGGACAAAGAACGGAAAACAUGUGAGAGAGAAAACAGUUCGCAAUCAACUGGAAGAACGCGGGGAGCGUGAAAGGUUCGAUAGAACGACGAAGAGGGACUGGUCAGCUCGAGCGGUCUCUGGUUUGUUGUGGUUCAGGACCAAUGAGGAAAAGUAGCUAGCCUACACGGGAGAGCUAAUUCAACUAGCGAGCUAGUGCUAUCCUGAUCCUUUGGCCAAGGGAGCAGAACAGUCUUUCCUUUCCAGCUGAUAAAUAAUGACUGAGGUGGGAGUGAAGUGGGCCUGCGACUACUGCACCUAUGAGAACUGGCCGUCUGCAGUCAAGUGCACCAUGUGCCGGGCACAGCGCCCCAGCAGCCCCAUCAUCACAGAGGAGCCAUACAAGAGCAGCCCCUGUAGUUUCAGCCUGGAGCCCGGCUGCGGCUGGCAGGACCCCCCAAACAUAGAGGGCAGCGUUGGAAGUCUGCUCAUCUGUCCGGACUCCAGCGCCAGGCCCCGGGUCAAACCCCCGAGCACCGCCGAGACUAGCUCCAAGUGGUCCUGUCAGAUAUGCACCUACCUGAACUUUCCCCGGGCGAUCCGAUGCACCCAGUGCUUGUGCCAGCGCCACCAGAGAACCCCCCGCGGCCCGACAGAGUCCCCUCCAACGUCGCGCUCUAAUGCAGGCCGCCGCCCAGCCACGGCCGCCCCGCCCGCCCACGUGGACCCGUGCACAGAGGAGUACAACGACCGGAACCGACUCAACACCCGUGGCGGCGGCGGAGGAGGAGGCAGCAGCAGUAGCACCGGGCAGAACUGGACUUGCACCGCCUGCACUUACCAGAACUGUCCCAAGACCUGGAAUUGUGUUGUGUGUGACCACCCUCACCCGCAGCCCCGACCUAAAAGCCAGGAGGCUAUUCCUAUAGAACUGGCCGGGCAGUCUGAUGAGGCUCCCUUUCCCAUAUCCUCCAUAAUUAAUGAACAGGACAGAGAUAGGGCUCGGUGGAGAGGGAGUGGGGGGAGCUGUAGUGGGGGACUGGGACAGGGGAGGACAUCUCCAGCUACCUCCCAGAGAGAGGCCGAGGAAAAGAUGGACUUCCAGAGGAUCGAGUUGGCGGCGGGAGCGAUGAGCAGCAGAGAUGAGCAGCAUCAGGAGAAAAUCGACUUCAAAAAGAUGAAGCAGAUUAAGAACCGGAUGAGGAAAACAGACUGGCUGUUUCUCAAUGCAUGUGCAGGUGUGGUCGAAGGCGACAUGGCGGCGGUGGAAGCCUACAAGUCCUCCGGUGGGGACAUCGCCCGCCAGAUGACGUCAGACGAAGUCCGUCUCCUGGACCGACCCUCGGCCUUCGACGAUGGCUUCACCUUGGUCCACCUGGCCAUCCGCUUCCAGAGACAGGACAUGCUGGCCAUCCUCCUUACUGAGGUGUCCCAGCAGGCAGCCAAGUGUAUUCCCGCCAUGGUGUGUGGUGAGCUGACAGAACAGAUCCGUCGGGAGAUCGCCGCAUCUCUGCACCAACGCAAAGGAGAUUUCAACUGUUACUUCCUGUCCGACCUGGUCACCUUCACACUGCCUGCAGACAUAGAAGAUUUGCCCCCUGCGGUCCAGGAGAAGCUGUUUGAUGAGGUGUUAGAUCGAGACGUCCAGAAAGAGCUGGAGGAGGAGUCCACCAUCAUUAACUGGUCUCUGGAGCUGGGUACGAGGUUGGACAGCCGGCUGUACGCUCUCUGGAACCGCACCCAAGGAGACUGUCUUCUGGACUCUGUUCUGCAGGCCACCUGGGGCAUCUAUGACAAGGACUCAGUUCUCCGAAAGGCCCUGCACGACAGCCUGCACGACUGCUCCCACUGGUUCUACACACGCUGGAAGGAGUGGGAAUCCUGGUAUAGCCAGAGUUUUGGCCUGCAUUUCUCCCUCAGAGAGGAGCAGUGGCAGGAGGACUGGGCCUUCAUCCUGUCACUGGCAAGCCAGCCUGGGGCCAGCCUGGAGCAGACCCACAUCUUCGUCCUGGCCCACAUCCUCCGCAGACCAAUCAUCGUGUAUGGAGUGAAGUAUUACAAGAGUUUUCGUGGCGAAACGUUAGGCUACACCCGUUUCCAAGGGGUGUAUCUUCCUCUGCUUUGGGAACAGAGUUUCUGCUGGAAGAGUCCCAUUGCUCUGGGUUACACACGGGGACACUUUUCCGCCCUGGUGGCCAUGGAGAAUGACGGUUACGACAAUCGUGGCGCGGGCGCCAACCUCAACACUGACGAUGACGUCACCGUCACCUUCCUGCCCCUGGUGGACAGCGAGAGGAAACUGCUACAUGUACACUUCCUGUCCGCGCAAGAGAUGGGAAACGAGGAGCAGCAGGAGAAAUUGCUGAGGGAGUGGCUGGACUGCUGUGUUACAGAGGGAGGCAUGCUGGCCGCCAUGCAGAAGUCCUCCCGCCGACGCAACCACCCCUUGGUCACCCAGAUGGUGGAGAAGUGGCUGGACGGAUACCGGCAGAUACGCCCCUGCGCCUCACUCUCCGACGGCGAGGAGGAGGAGGAGGAGGACGAAGACGAGUGAAGCGAGGAGGGUGGGACACGUGGCAGACACGGGAGGGGAUGUUGGAGGAGACAAGGACGCGGUCGGCAUCGCGGCUCGCGGAGGACAAGGCGGAGCCUAGGACUCGGAAGACGGUGUGCCUCCUCAUCUCAGAGAGAAGCAAUGUUCCUCUGUUCCGACAUCUCAAGAGGACGUGUCCUAACCCCCCCCCGGCUCUGGUCAAAAGCAGUUCACCAAACAGGGACUAGGGGGCCAGACGGAGAGAUCAGAGGUCAUCCACUCCACCACCUCAGAAGCACUGAACUGAGGUUCUAAAAGAACAUGGAACAUUCUAGAAUCUCCCUAAACGAUUUGGGGAACAGGCCUCUGCGAUGUUAACGUGGAAGUACCUCAACUGACAAGAUUGUCCUCCAAACACUGCUGAAAAAUAGUUGCUACCUUUCUUUAUUUCAGAUGAAGAACUAUGGCUGGUGAAAUGUUGAUCAUCUUCAGAAUAUUUGGAUUUUCCUCCUCCUCCCAAAAAAAGUGUAAAUCUUUACCUUCAAUAAUGCACGUGUUUCUAUACAUUAUGUACACUAACAGGAAGAAAGAAAAUAUACCAGCAUCAAAGUCAACGACCGGGAUCUUCUCUGAGGUUCCACUGUUACAGACAUCUACCUACAACAGAACAUUGUUUUACAGUUGUUUUCCAAAGUCUUUCCCAGCUUUCCCUGCCUUUAUAUCAUAUUCAUUUUGUUAUUGGAAGUGUUUGCCAUGUCAUCUCCCUGGUCCCGAGGAAUUCACCUGAAAUGGCACCCUGUUCAUUAUAUAGGAUACUGCUUGAGGUCCAGAGUUGUUUACUCUUUCGGGAAUAGGAUGCCAUUUUGAAAGUGAACUAGUACCAGUAUAUUUAGGAGACUAUAGUUAUAUUUAAGAAAGCUGCACUCAUUAAAUCCUUCUAUUUAGAGAAUUGUUAUGGCUGAUGGAAUUUGCUUAAAGCUAAAAGAGCGUUAUUAGGGAUACAUAUGAUCCCUGUGUGUGUGUGUGUGUGUGUGUGUGUGUGUGUGUGUGUGUGUGUGUGUGUGUGUGUGUGUGUGUGUG